AUGAAUAUUUUCCGAUUACUUGGAGAUUUAUCUCAUUUAAUAGCUAUUAUUAUUCUUCUGCAGAAAAUAUGGCAUACGAGAUCUUGUGCUGGCAUAUCAGGCAGAAGUCAAGUUCUAUUUGCCCUAGUGUACACAACAAGAUAUCUUGACCUGGUCACCACUUAUGUUUCCAUGUACAAUACCUGCAUGAAAUUCGUGUUUUUAGCAACUUCCUAUGCUACAAUCUAUCUGAUAUACCUGAAAUUCAAGGCUACUUAUGAUCACAACCAUGACACCUUCAGAAUUGAGUUCCUUAUUCUUCCUGCAUUUGGUCUGUCCAUGCUAAUCAAUCAUGAAUUCUCAUUCAUGGAGGUUUUAUGGACAUUUAGUAUUUAUCUUGAAUCUGUGGCUAUUUUGCCACAACUUUUCAUGGUGAGCAAAACAGGAGAGGCUGAAAGUAUCACUUCCCAUUACCUAUUCGCCCUAGGAUCCUACAGAGGCCUUUACAUUCUCAACUGGAUCUACAGAUAUGCCACAGAAAGUCAUUAUGAUCUCAUAGCUAUUGUGGCUGGUGUUGUACAGACCAUUUUAUAUUGCGAUUUCUUCUAUCUUUAUAUCACAAAGGUACUCAAGGGGAAAAAAUUACAGUUACCAGCCUAAUGUAG